AAGCGAAAAAAAAAAAAAAUCUUCGCUCAAUAAAAUAAAUAAAUAGAUAGAUAAAAUAAAUGUGUUGAAUAUUUAUAAGUGAUGGUUACAUUAAUAACACAAUCAACAACAAAAUAAACAGCAAGAGGAAGAGGAAGAACAAGAGGAAGAGGAAGAGGAAGAACAAGAGGAAGAGGAAGAGGAAGAACAAGAGGAAGAGGAAGAGGAAGAAGAAGAGGACCACAAGGAUAUUCUAAGAACACAAGACUCGAUCACCUAAGAUCAAGAUCAAGAUUCCCCUCCUCCUUCGCCGCCAUUACAUGAGGACAGUAACAGCUUGCGGUCUUCAAAGCUUUCUUCUUCCCAUAUCAGGAGUGUCUUGUGAAAUGACCCAGGAAAUGAAGAAUGGCCGGAGUGUGCCUGUGAAGAAGACACUGAAUUACAAAACAGUUAUAGAGGUUUUCUGUUUCCCGCCCUUCAAGUUGCUACUACUACUACUACUACUACUACUACUACUACUACUACUGUUAAUAAUGAGGAGCCUCGCUGUGUGGAAAUCCGGUGUGGGCCGCCUUCAGAAAACAUGGAGGUGCCAAAGUUCUGGGGAUUUCUGGCAGUGACUCUGGCACCUCACCUCCACAUUUGCAGGACAAGCGUACCAGCCAGCCUGCCCACCACACCCGAGUCAACAACCACGCUGUCGUCACUGCAGAAAAACACAAUCAACAUGACCCGUUCUCCCCUGAGGAGGUGGAAUUUGAGUAGGGAAAGCUUCAGAAAUGCAGGAAGGAUUAGCGGUGAUGACUGCAGGCUGCCAUCGACCCGCAGAUGCAGGUGGGAGGAGAGGAAAUACCUGAAGAAGUGUUGCAUAUUUGCCAAGAACACCAGGGGACAGUUUAACAAGACACCUGCAAUGGCACCACAAGUUCCUGCCUUUGAAGUGAAGCUUGCUACAGACUCUGCCUUCAAGCUGACAUGGGUUCAAAGGAUUCUCAAGAGUGUUGAGGAUCAGAUACUGACAAGAACUGGCUGGCAUCUUACUGUGUUCAACAGUCUAUUUAACUAUCUGUUCAACCAUUUAUCUAUCUCUCUAUCUCAAUCUAUGUAACUAAGUAUUACCUAACAUAACCAUCUCUCUCUCUCUCUCUCUCUCUCUCUCUCUCUCUCUCUCUCUCUCUCUCUCUCUCUCUCUCUCUCUCUCUCUCUCUCUCUCUCUCUCUCUCUCUCUCUCUCUCUCUCUCUCUCUCUCUCUCUCUCUCUCUCUCUCUCUCUCUCUCUCUCUCUCUCUGAUAAGUUAACACCCAGAGAGAGAGAGAGGUAUGUUUUUUUUGGGUGACCACCAUUCCUUAAUAUUCUGCAAAGGUUGUUUUUGUAAGCCUUGCAGACUGACACCCAUUACAAGCUUGUUUUUUCAGUGUGUCCAUUAUUCUGUCAGCUGUUCCUGUUCUCCUGACACUCUCCACCUCUCCUCUGUGUGUUUGUGCCCAUAAACUGACACUGUUAUCUUGUUCCGUGUGUCUGUAAUUAGAGACGUCGCAGUGAGCGUUUUGAUACCAGAUAGCGCCAGAAUUUUUAAUUCUCGCCGGUAAAUAAAUACUUUUUGGGGCAAGGUUUUACAAGCUUACAAAGGUGUAUCGUUGCACAGUAAUGCGUCUGAAUUUUAAGUCAAUUAAUUUCGUGAUAACUGACAGCACAUGACAUUGUUUGAGCCUCUAUUCAUAAUUUCAGAUAAUAUUCUUAAAAGAGCCUAUAAGUGUAUCAAGGCAGGCAAUCUGUAAUUUUCUACUGACCUCAAUGGAAGUAUACUAAUAUAUACUUGCAUUUUCAUGUACUAAACAAGAGGCAAAUCCAUUUAAUGUAAAGAAAAUAUAAUUUUGUAUCAGAGACUUUAUUUUUGCGGUACGAUCACUAUCCUCGGGUACUUGGGCAGCGAGCAAACCAAAACACAGACACUAGACUACCCUGCACAAUGGAUACAUCACCGCCACAAUCAUGGACUACAGCGGAAUUAAGAAAAUUCUUGAAAGAACGAGCUAUACCCUAUUCUGGAUAUAGUAAAGCAAAGUAAAGGCCUUUGUAUCGGCAGAACUGAGAGGCUAUUGUUUACACUUUACACUCCCUAACGGCGCGAGGCGCUUUCUUUAACUGAAGAAUCAUGAUCAAGAUAAGUACGUCGUACGUCCGCCAGCGGUGCUGUUCUUUUUUUAUUUCACUGAUUACUUUCAUAUACAGGACGUGUCAGUGAUAUCUGAUAUUUUUCAACAUUCCCAGAUAAAAUGCACAAGCCGAAGUCAACAUCCUUUUAUUUUUACUGUUCAUACUUACUUAAAAAAAAAUUCAUUACCUAUUUUUAGUUUUAUCUUAUAAUUCAAUUAACAAAGCCUUAUCAUACACCAGUAAGUAUGAAUAUUAAUAUUAAGGGUUAUGUUUUUAAUUUUAGAUACACUUGUGCAGCAAUUCAUGCUGUACUUUUCCUGCACAUCGAUUUCAAAUUUAGCUAAGUCACCCCUUUGCCCCACGAAAUCGGAGACAAUUAAAAAUGCUGGCGCUGAUAGGUAUCUACCAGCCUCACUGCGACGUCUCUAAUUUAGAAGGCAAGCAGGAAUGUCUUGGUUAUUUAUACGUCUUUCUUAACGCUGUAACACUUCGUCACUUGGAUUUUACUAUCAGUAACUGUUAAUAUAUAAACACAGAUUAAUUUGAGCGAUAGAUGAGUGCAGAUAUGUACCGAGAGACUUGGGGAGAGGUGAAAAUAUGGAAUUGUUUUUGACUCCAGUGUUUGAUGACUGUGUUGGUGACCGAACCCUGGCAGGAAGAGGUGACGUUGCCUGGGACAUUCAGAGUGAGGAAGACCUUGGCAGAGGACACAGAAGAUAACCGUUGAAGGAGGGGUAGCGAGCAUCA